UGCGCGCAAGCGAGACAGACAGUGCGUUAUUUUCUUUUCUAUCCUUUAUUAUUAUUAUUAUUAUUAUUAUUACUAUUAUUAUUUUUUUUCUCUCCAAUACUACUACGUGCCCGACCGAAAACCGACUACGGCGACAAGUGAGUGUGUGCGCGCGCGUCCUCUCCCCAGUCCCCGUAUCCGACCGACCACCACUGACGUCUCUCGCGCCCGUGUCUGUGUACGUGUUUGUAUGUGUGUGCGUGUGUUUUGUUAAAUCAAUUGCCCCGUUCGCGUUAUCGCUCCGCCGCCGUCGCCGUAGAUCUCUUCGUCUUUGCUCGUUUCCGCUGCCGUUUGACGCCAUCGCCGUCACCGACAGUUCAUCACGGCAAAAAUAUAAUAUCCGAUCGUAGAGCACCGGUCCCGGCGGUGAUGUCGUACGCUAGAGGGACGGACGAUACGACGUCGCCGCCGCCGCUAACCCGUCCGCGCGUCUGAUUGCCAACGAUAAUAGUAUUAUUCUCUCACGCGCAAUCGUGUACAGCCACCGCACGGGCCAAUGAUCUACGCUCGCGUCUCGUGAUAUAAUUAUUAAAUUAUAUAUAUUAGUAAUUCGUCGUCAGAUUUGUGUGCGUGUUUUUAUUGUAUCCCCGCCGAAUUAUUACUUUUUGAUAAUUUUCGAAUGAUGUGACGAGUAGAGGGUUCCGCCGAUAUUUGUUUUCCGUUCGCGAUGACCGGCCGACCGGCGUUCGACGGGUACAAGUUUGUUGUGUGCUGGACGACUGACGUGUCCUGAUAACAUGGAAACGGAUAUAAAGCAGCAGCGUAUCAAACGCAGUAAGCGCCGUGAACGGGCUCAGCGUAUGCACGCUAAGAAACAUGAGCUGGACAGUGGCGAAGAAGACGAACUGACCACAAAAGAAAAGGCGCAGAGGCCCCCGCCGCCGAGUCGUAGAAAAAAGAAGGAAACCACUCUGUUUGAUGAGGAUGUUGUCGACGGAUUUGCCAUUCUUUCCUUCAAAUCGUAUGAAGAUCUCGAAAAUUGUGUGCAACAAUGUUUGGUGAAGAGUGCAGUGACUCUUGGGUUAGAUCCAUCAUCUCAAAGCUUUUUACACCGAAAUCAUCAUAAACAUCACCGAAAUCAUGCACAUAACCACAAUAACAACAAUCAUCAUCAUGACAGUAAUUCCAGUACUCCAGUUACACCAGUUAAACCAGAAUAUAACGUUCCCAGUCCUCCUACAACACCUAAUAAUUUUAAUCAUAAUAAGGAUUCGUCGUCAUUGGAUUUAAAACACGACAGUGAAGGAGGAGACAAUGAUACUUCUGUUGUACAUUCAAAUUCUGUACAAUCCUUUAAAAGGCCAUCUGGCAAUAAAGUAUCUACAUCGUCACUUAGCCAGAGUGGUCAAAGACGAUCAAGUUCAAGGGAACGAUUCAGUGAUGCGAGUAGCAAUUGUAGUUCUGGCAGAGGGUAUAUUUGUGAUAGUGAAGACGAAGGUGAUAAGGGUUCAGAUAAUUCUGAUCUCUUCAGGACCAGUCUAGUUUCCAGGAAAGAUGAAUUACCUGGAAGAAUUUCUUCUGAACCUACCCAGAAUUUACCUGCUACGGUCUCUAAAGAACCUAUAUCAAUAACACCACCAGGUCGACAACCUACUCCCCCAUUAGUUAAUGGCAUAGAUUUUGAUAACCAUUCGACGCCUGAAACAACUACAGCAUCUACGACUCAUAUUAGGCCCUCACAAAAUCCUAUGUUACCACCACCUUCAACAACUCCUCGGGCUCUACAGGUGUCUCAACCAAAAUGUCCAUCUCCCACGAUACCUCCAUUAUCCACGCCCCCUACAACACCUAAACCUCAAAGUACACACGUGAAUGGACAUGAACCUUCAACGACUCCUGCUACAGUUACGUCGAGGUAUUCCCCAGUACCAUCAUCAGGACUCAAUAGUCCUAGGAAUUUUUCAACGAAUCCGGUACCACCUACGAGUGCGCCGCCAUACCAAACACCACCUCAAGCGUGUCCAUUGUCUUUGAGCAUAACAAAUUCUUAUAUUACUCCUUCAACAUCUCAACACCCAGUCUUAUCUCACGCUGCAUCGAAUUACAUCCCAAAAUCCCAAAAUCAAACACCUUCUCCUCACCAACAUAGUUCUCCUUAUAUGCAAAAACCAAACAUGAUAUACCAUCCACCUCACGGUGCCCCUUAUCCAUCACCUAAUUAUCAUCCUAGUCCAUAUAAAUCUACCCCUCCGUUAUUGGCUACAGUGUCUAGUGCAUAUAUGCCAUAUUCUACCCAGUCAUCCACAGUGACCGUAUCUGCUUCUUCUACGAUUCCUAGCACGUCCAGCAGUCCGUUAACAACAGCAACGCCAGUAAACAAUUUUAGCUCUCCAUACCAACCUCCUGUUCAUCAACAACAUUAUCCACCGUUGUAUGCUCCAUAUAGAAGUACACCAUAUAUGCCAUCUGCGCUUUCAAAUGCAGCCAGAUUGAGUCGAACUUCUCCCAUGUCUGUGAUAUCAACAAAAUCAAGUGUUGUGUCAGCACCUCCUCUUGUUGCACCAACAGUUGCUGCUGCUUCUACUUCUACUACUACUACUACGUCAAUUUUGAGUGGACACCCAGUGCUAGGUAGAGGGCAGUCACCACGAGGACCAAGUCCAAACAGAGAUCGUGAUAGUUAUAUGUUAAACCGAAGUAAUGGUCCUCAAUUAAAUUCUCCUUCGUCAUUCAAUGCUUCAUCAUUAGCAUUACCUCCAGCUGCUACUCCAACAUUAGCACCUACUGUUUCGUCUUCAGCACCUUCUAGUCUUGUGUAUAAUAAACCACCAUUAUGGGGCCCAAUGGGAAACAACAGUAUUGCAACAUCUACAAUGGCAAAUAUUACUCGACAACAUCCAUCAUCAUACCCUCCUCCAUUAUUUUCUUCACCAGUGGCUACUGCUACAUCCCAAUCUUCUUCAUUGCCAUCAGCACCGCCUGCUCAUAAUCCCUUUUCCGCUGAGUCCUUAUUUCAGUCAAAUCAAGCUGACAUGUUAAGGAGAGAACUAGACUCAAGGUUUUUAGCAUCAUCUCAAGAAAGAUCUUUGGCUGUUGGUGCACCGUACUUACGGACUGAAAUGCACCAUCAUCAACAUCAACAUACUCAUGUUCACCAACACACAGCAACACCACUAAUCCCAGCUGUAGCUGCAACUGCUACAACUAUACCAAAUGCUUCAACAAUACCACCAGCACCAACGUCAGCAUUAUAUCCUCCUCCACUCUUUAAAGAUAUACCUAAAUUGGGAGGAGUUGAUUCACCAUUUUAUAGACAGAAUUUAUUAUCUGGUAGCUAUCCAGGAUUUACACCAGGCUUGCUGCAUUCUUCAAUGGGUCACACACCAUUUACACCACCAAAUCAUAUGCCAACAUUUACACCAAAACAGUUGACCGAUACAUCAAAGCCAACAAAGUCAAGUAAACCUGGAAAAUGGAAUGCAAUGCAUGUGCGAUUGGCCUGGGAAAUUUAUCAUUAUCAACAGAAACAACAAGUUGCAGAAACCAAAAAUGUUGCAAACAAUCCGGUGCCAAAGACUGAAUUAUUAAGGCCACCCACACAUUUAUUUCCACCUAGCCGACCACCACACGAUCUCUCUCCGUUUACAUCACCUCAUCAUCAUCAUCCAGGAUUACCUCCUGGCUAUCCACCUAUGGGUCCUGCAGCAAUGUUUACGAGGUACCCGGCUGGAUUUCCACCGAUAUCCUCAUUCCCACCCAAUCCCAUGAAUGAUCCAUGGGCUAGGUUACAGCCUUCUCGUGGAUUACCUACACAAAAUCCAGCUUAUGGCCCACCUGGAGGUUGGCCAAUAAAACCAGAUCCUGUAGAAACAGAACGUGUAGAACAGCAACAACGAGAACGUGAAAGAGAACGAGAACGAGAGCGUGAGCGCGAAAGAGAGCGUGAAAAAGAAAGGGAAAGAGGUCGAGAACGAGAAAGAGUGAAACGUGAAGAAAAGAGAAGACAUAUGAUUCAGCAGCAGCAGUUACAGCAUCAACAACAGCAACAGCAGCAGCAGCAUCAACAACAGCAACAUCAACAUCAACAACAACUUCAACAUCAACAGCAACAGCAGCAUUUGCAACAUCAACAUCAACAACAACAGCAGCAAGUAGCUAAGAUGAGAGAACGAUCACCUUUAAAAGAUCCCAAUUUAAUGUCCAAAGAAGAAGAUUUAAAUAAUAUGAUGUUGGGUCGUAUUCCACCACCAUCUCAUUACCUGCCUCCGCCACCAAGACAUCCUCAAAGAGCUACACAUCUACCAACACAUUUUUCACCAUGGGAUCAAUAUAGAUAUGAUUCUUUAAGGUUUAGUCCAUUAAUUGCUGCUGCUGCUUAUAGAGCUGAAGAAGAAGAACAUAGAGCCAAAUUAUUUGGUUAUCAUCCUCAAGCCCAUUUAAGACCAAAAGACCCAUCUCCUAAUACUCAUCGAUCAAUGCCUCCAGAUAUGCAAUUACCUAAAAAAGAAGAAUCUUCUCAAUCUAGGUAGUCCAAAACUUAAAAAGUUUUUGAAUUUGAAUAUAUUUUAUUUUUAUAGUCAAAAUAUUGGCAUAAUGAAUUUAAUGUUAAUUUAUUCUUUUAAUUUCUCACCACUACCCUUAUUAGUGUCCUUUAAACAUAACUAUAUUAUUCUUCUAUGUAUACAUUUUUAUUUUACAUAUAAAAUGUAAUGAACAAUUUUUACUUAGUAUAAUUAUUAUUUUAUGUAAUUUCUAAAAUUUAAUUAUGUGCAAUUAAUUUUAUUUCAAUGAUUUCUAUUGAAUUAAAAUGUAAGUAAUACCAUUUUAAUAAAUUUAUUCUUUGGUUAAUGAAAUAUUAUGAAUUUUUUUUUAAAAUCAUGUUGUAUUCGUGCAAUCAAGUUCUUAUUUUUCAAAAAAAAAAUAUAUAUAUAUACAUAUUAAAUUAUAUAUAACACCUGCAACAUUCUUUGUAAUAAUUAUAUAGGACACACAGGGUUAAUUUUUAUUUUCUGAACUGAUUUUUUGACCCUUGAUAUAUAUAUUUAUAUCACGUCAGAGUUGUAUACUACCAAAUUAAAUUUAAAAAUAGAUAAGAAACCCAACAUUUUUAAUAAAUAUUUAAUAUUAUUUGUAAAAAGUGUUUAAUGAAUUUUCAUUGCUUUUGUUCCUAUUAUUGUUUAAUAUAAUAUAUCUGUGAAUAUAUAAUUUUUACAUGGAAAUAAUUUUAAUUAUAAUAAAUUUGAAAAAAGAAAUAAACCCCAUUAUUUAAGUUACCAGUUAAAAAUAAUGAUGAUAAUUUUAUCAUUAUUAUUAAGUUAAUAAAGUAAAUGCUUCGUGCAUUGUGUUUUGUAAAGUAUAGACACUUAUUAGUAAUUUUGCUGCAUUAACUUAAAACUAAUUGUAUAUACAAAUAAUACUGAUAAAUGAAUAAAAACCUGUGUCUUUCUAUCUACAAUAAUACAAUUAAGUAUUCUAUUUAGUAUAUUAUUUUAUAAAGCAGAUUUACAUAUUAAUUUGUCUAUAUUGAUGAAUCGUUUUGCACGAUAAUCAAUAUUCUAUUUUAAUCUCAUUCUAGUAAUAGUUGCAAAUAUAUGUACAUACUAUAUAUUUUUAUGUUUUAUUGUCAAGCUUAGGGAGCAUUGUAUUGUAUUAUAAAACUGAGUAUAAAACUUAUUUCUAUUAUGUGAUUUUUCAAUAUACAUAUUAUGUUAUGAUGAUUUAUCAUUAUGUUAUUUAUAGUACUUAAUGGUUCAUUUGAGAUUUUGAGAAUUUGUGAAAGAAAACUUUUUAUCAGUUAUCUUUAUAUUUCAUCCAGCCACAUGAAUUUAUAAAUGGGUUAUUUUUAUAAUCAUAAUUGAUUAUUUGCUUUUUCAAUUAAUUUCUAUAUUUUAGAAUGCAAUUGGUGUUUCAUAGAUUUAAUUUGUUAUUUUAUUUUACAUGCCAGUGAUAAGAUUUUCAACCAAAAACGCUGUUAGAACAUUAUAUAUGGUUAUUGGUUAUAAUACACAUAAAACAAAAACUGUAAUUAUGUAUAGAUUUUAAAUAUUUUAUUGUGAUUCUAAUGUUAAUUAAGUAAGUGUAUAUAUACUUGUAAAGUGAUCAUACAAUAAUACAAUUUUAUGUACCACAUAA